CAAUAUCUCCUAUUCUGAAACCGUACUCAAAGAAACUGGAUUCCAAGAUAAGAGCUUGCCACCGAGUUUGGCGGUACAUCAACAGCUAAAGAUUUCAAAUUGCCUAACUGCAGAAGUCCGUUGGAAGGGAUUCUUUGAUAUUCUUGUUCUGGGUUCACUUAAAAAAUUUGGAAUGCUCGCUCAUUGCCCUAGGAAUUUUUCUAUUAAAGUAUAUGAUAUGGCACAGCAAAUGCCUGUGGAAUUAAAGUUGUUUCGUAGUACCUCGUCCAGACGUUUGGCCUCGGGCCUUCCAAUCAGACCCUCCUGACAGUGAUGACAUUGGGUUGUACUUUGUGCCUUCAAAUCUCAUGAGGUCUCAAGAGGACUUCUUUGGUUUUCUCGAGUGGAUUGACUUGGGUGAUUUUGCCUUGAGGGCUUGUGUUGGUGGUGUUGAAUUACUUGUAUUCAGUUCGAAACAGCUGCCUGUGGAUUCUCAACGAAUAUUGAACGGAUUCUAUUUGUGGGGUGUAUUUCGCCAUGUUAAACCCAAGAAAGGUAUCCAUCAUGAAGAUGUUCCCUCCUGUGUUCAUACUGUUGCAUCUCAACCCGGUUCUAGCAGCCAAUUCAAUGUUCCGCCAAUAGGCAAUUCUAUGGAAGUUGGUACACAGGUUGACAUGGUGACUGGGGUUGAUACAUCCAUAAAAAAUCUUGGUGUACCUGGUUUAACAAGACCAUUUUCAGGUUCCAAUGUCUCCUUUGUUGCCUCUCCAGCUGAUGAUAGUGUUCAAUUGAAGGUCCCACUGGAAGGAGAUUUCAAUGAACUUGACAUGAAGUCUGACAUUGUGAGGACUAGGAUUGGUGUGGUAGAUAGACCCAUUUCAAGAUUUGAUAAGCCUCCUGGAUUCAGAAUACCAGUAUCAACAGAUGUGGCUUCGACGUCCAAGGUCGUAUCUGCUGUAUCUCAGUCUGUUACGAAUAGCCAAACUUAUGUUCCACCAGAAAGUGAUGUCAAGGAACUUGAUACCAAAGUCGACAUAGUGAAGGGGGGAUUGGGAUUGGAAUUGGGAUUGAUUUGGCAGGUACAUCCAUAUCAAGCCCUGAUGCACCUUCUGGUUUCGGUAGACCAAUUUCAGUUGAUUUACCUUCGAAUGUCACCCCUAUUUCAUCUCAGCACAACACUAGCAGUCCAUUGAAUCCUACUGCAGACAGUGAUAUCAAGAAUGUUGACACAAAAAUCAACAUUGUGGGGCGAACUAAGAUCGGUUCAUUUGAUAGAUUUAUUCCAAGUCUUCGCACCCCUCCUGGCUUCACUAGACCAAUUUCAAAGGAUAUCACUUCUGAUGUCCCCGUUGUUGUAUCGAAGCACAACACUGAUACCCAAUUGAAUUUCUCACCAGAAUGCAAUUCGACAGAAGGUGAUAAGGAAAUCGACAAGGCAUUUACACCAAGUCUUCGCACACCUCCUGGUUUCACUAGACCAAUUUCAGUGGGUAUCACCUUGGAUGCACCCAUAGUUGUAUCGAAGACCAACACUGAUAAUCAAUUGAAUUUCUCGCCAGAAUGCAAUUCCACAAAAGUUGGCAUGGAAAUCAACAAGGCGGGUGGAAUUGAUAUUGGUUUGUUGGAUAAACCCAUUCCAAGACUUGAUGCUUCUCCUGGUUUCUCAAUAUCAAUUUCAGAUGAUGAUCAUGAAGAAAGGCCAUUGGUUAAGUUUUCCUUGCAGAAAGUGAGAGAUAUCUCACAGACCAUUCUUCCUUUCAUCUCUAGAAACAGUGGCCUGGCAAAUCAAAAUAACUCAGUUGAGAUCAACCAUGGUUUCCCAAUCCCCUUAAGGGCAGUUAACAAUUCCUUUGUAUCUUUAUCUUCCAGAGUUGACAAUGCAAUUACUUCAGAGAUGUACAAUCUCUUGAAGAACAAUGAGGUUCUUCCUACAGAGAGCAUGUCACCUUUGGAGCCUUAUAGCAGUGGUCCUAUCAAUCUGUCAAUGGAGAAGAACGAAGUUCAUGCCAAAGAUGAUGUCUGUUUUAAGAAUUCUGAUCAUGCUCGUUCUCUUAGUUCAGAACUGCCAUUGUCUUUACCUGAAGAAGAGAAAGUAUCUAGCUCAAUGGAGCAUCAUAUUGAUGAAAAUGCCAUCUCUUCAGCGAAAUUUGAUUCCAUCUCAACAUCAUCAUUCGAAAAGAAGAGCGGAAUUGGUCUCUUUGACAGUUUAAAGGCAAAACCCCAGAGUUCAUCAGAGAAUUCAUUAUAUGAGGGCUUUACCCACGAGGAAACUAAGAAAAGUGAAGAAAUCGAUGAUCAGGUAACAAAUUAUGAAAGUCCAUUACCAAGCUGUGAAGAACAAGUUAUAUUUGGCAGAACACCACUUCCUCUUUUCCCCGCAGCAGCAGAAUUCAGAAGUGGCAGUGUAAGUGUAAAUGAAGUGAAUGACCAGGAUGUUCAAUUAAUCAAUGACAAAACCGAUCCUUCGAUCACUCCUGACCUCAGUUUAUCAAGACCUCAUUAUGUGCAAGACGGAAAUAUUUGGAUUUCUGCUGCGUCACAUGAGAAGCUGAAGAAAGACAAUUGUGGGGACUCUUUGAAGUUGUCUUUCUAGAGAUCAAACUUAGUAGAAAUUGAACAGAGGGUGGUGUAUAGCUGGGAAAGGAAAUUAAAAAAAAAAAAUGAAAAUGAAAUAUGUAGAUGUUGUUAAAAUUUCUGAUUGAAAUAGUUUGUAAAGGUUAUAUAGAUGCACAGAAUUGGUUCUGUGCAUUUGGAGUGUGCUCAAGUUCUCUCUCACGAUUGUAAAACUGCAGCGGUCUUUUACUGUGCAUUCUGUAAAUUUCUGUGCACAAUGUAAAAGAUGCAGUGAAAAGUAUCAUCAGAGAUCAUCAUCAUCUUCAUGGA